GGCCCCACCUCUAAUUCAGCCUGGACCUAGGCUAGGAACUACGGGUUGCACCUGCACUCUCUCCGUCACUGCUUCACUGACCACCGCCCCUUGCGAAGAUCCCACCACCAUGAGCUCUAAGGACAAGUCCAAGUUCAAGCUCUUCCUUAAAUCGCUGCCGGCAGGUUACGUGGGCGAGCGGACACUGCGGCCGGAGUUCGAGAGGGAAUUGCGGCCGGAGCAGCCGGUGGCCCAGCGCUGCAGGAUGCUCAAGGAGCUGGGCGACAUGCAGCUGCACAACUUUAAUCUAGACGAGACCGCCAUCACCAUUCUGUUCAAUCUCACCAACGAUCUCAUCGUGCCCAACAAGCCGGCCGAAACGCGCCAGAUUGCCUUAAGCUUCUACAAGCGGCUGAUCCACACACAGUACAAGAACUUGACCAUCAUGCGGGAGAAGUUCUUUCUGGUCAUCCAGAACCAUGAGGCACGCGAGGAUCUGCGCCACCUGCUUGAGCUGCUCGACACACUUACCGACAACGGGAAGGACAUCACCAACUUCGAGGAAAAGAUUGGCAAGUUUAUGCUGCUCUGGAUUCCAGCAAUCACGGAAGCCAAUCUGCUCAGCCCCUAUCUUGACAUGCUGGUCAACCUGAUCAAGUUUAAUGCCGCACAUCUGGACAAGGACAUCUUAGUCGGCAUCGUGCAGAAUGCCUGCGACCUGAGCUGCAGCGUCACCGUGAAUGAGAUCGGACUGCAGUGCCUCACAAUUCUUGAGAUGGUCAUCGGGUACACCAUUUUCCCCAGCGAGCCGCUGCCGCAGUGCAUCACCACAUUGUGCCGGACUGUCAACUAUGCCCCAUAUUGCCCGUCCUCAUUCAAGAUAAUGAAGAAUCUGUUGGGCACCCAGCUGGGAUACCAUUCCAUGAAAAUGAUGUGCAACAUCCUUAACGACCCUCCUCUGUACGACGACGGGCACCUGUUGCGUGGGGCUGUCUUUCACCUGAAUAUGAACAUUUUCGGGUCUAACAUUAUUUUCCAGGUUUCACCCAUGACCUAUGCAACGAAUGUGCUGUCAGCCUUCCGGCGGGCACUGGAUAGCCGCCAGGUGAUCGUAACAUUUGAGGUGAUCCUCAGCGUACGCAUGGUGAUCAACAAGCGUCAGCUUUCGGAGAUCAUUUGGGACCAGAUUUGCGACAUAAUGUCGGCGAUCGUUAGCAACAUCGAGUACUACGAGGCGACCAACAUAAACAAGGAUCGCCUGCAUCACCUGCAGAUCAAUUUCCACGAGAACAUCGACUGCAUCGAGAAGCUGUUGCAGACGGAUAGAUCCCAGAUUCUGGGCAAUGUCGAGCUUAUUUACGAUCUCAUCGAGCGAGUGGCGGAUCGAAGGCCGGAGGCUUCCGUUCUCGCCCUCAUCGAGUACCGAUCCCGCCGAGUGACGGCGACGCGGCCGGACUGGCUCAACGUCCUAGCCCAGUUCGUCCGUCGCUAUUACCGCAUGUCCAAUGUAAGCGUGCGCAUCAAGACGAUCGAGGCACUGGUGCGAAUUAUGGACCAGAAUCGUGCCUGCUACGAGGAGGAGAUCCUAAGUCGGGUGGUACUCGUGCACCUGUCGCAGAUCCACCAAGAGCCAAGUGUACAGGUCAGAGUGGCUGUUGCCCGGGCCCUGACCAACUUUGCCACCCACUGCGAUACGAAGCGGUGCAUGGACAUUCUGGACAUUCUGGAGGCGCUUAUCAAUCGUCCCUUCAAGCACACGCGUCAUGGUUCAUCUGGAGACGCCUCUCUACCGGAUGUGGCGGUGGGCGUGGUGAACAAUGAGUCGGAGAUCGCGGAUAUCAUAGCCGCCGUUGAUGGAUUGGUCAAGGUAUUCGCCAUCAAGUUGCACCGCAUGCCAGCGGUCCAUGCCCUCAAAAUAUGUAAUAUUCUGAUGGAUCACCUGGAACUGAACUACGACCUACCCAAGAUUUUCGAGCACACCAGUGUUGUGCGCCACAAAAUAUUUGCCUGGUUGCUGAAGGCCCGGGCCAAUGGCUCCUACCAUAUUGGCUAUCCGGAGGGCAGCAACGAGGUGAUCAAGUUUAGCCACUAUCUGGGCAUUGAUUCACCCCUUUUGCCGCAGCCUCACACCACAGCGGUCUCCAUUCGACGAGUGUGCAAGCUGAUCGUGCGUUGUCUGGAGCACGACACCGACUACCAGGUGUUUCAACUGGUCAUAAAGGAGCUGCCCAAGGUUCUGCAGAACAAGGCGCUCGUCCAGGGAAACGACAUCGAGGAGCUUGCCAACUCGCUCCUCAAUAUCAACUCGGUCAGCAACAAGUUUAAGCGGCCCACGGACGAGUUCCACGCCCUCGUGUUGCCGGCAGUAGCUUCGUUAGUUAUUUACCACGAAAGCCUGCAGCCGCACCAGCACUACGACAUUAUUACGGCCUUGAAUUCGAGGGUUCUCACUGGCAUUGCAAGCGUCUGCAUCAACACCAUGACCAUCCUGAUUCUGGAGAUGCCGGAGGCCUUGAUGCGGAAACUGCCGGACGUCCUGCUCCAAAUGAGCAAGAUGUCGGACACUAAUGCGCUGGCCACUCCAGUCCUGGAGUUUCUGUCGUUGCUUAUACAUCUGUCCAAGCAUCUGUUUGCAAACUUCACCCUGAUGCACAACAUGUACGUAUUUGCCAUAACGCUUCCGUACACAAAGCCGCAUCGCUACGAUCACUACACUGUUUCCUUGGCCCACCACGUCAUCGCCGGGUGGUUCCUCAAAUGUAAGCUGGAGCUCCGCAAGAACUGCGUGAGCUACAUAAAGAGCUCGAUUCAGUCGAAUGCCAAGAUGCUGUCCAGCGACAUUGUGAACCUUAACUCUCUGAACGAGGACUCGUCCAACCGGAAACGAAGCACCAGUCUCACGGAGCGCGUCAGUCGUAAUAAUGCCAAUGCCUGGAACGAUCUGGAGAUGCGGCCGCAGAUGAAUAACGUACUCCGGAACUUCCACGCCGAGUUGGCAGAGACCUGCUUUGACUUCCUGGACCGCCACACCUUUUCCCCCUGUCCGUCGAUGCCCAAACGACUUCCUGCUGCGGAGUUUCUGCUUAAGGAUGGCGUCUCACAGACCUGGCUUGUGGGCCACAACCUGGUGACGAUCACCACCUCCGGCUGCCCGUCGGCACCCACGCGCAGCGGUCUCUGCGAGCGUUGUGCCCAGCUGGGCAAGGCCCCCAGCAUCAACCUGAACUCGAAGAGCCUCAGCGAUGCAGCGCCUCCACUUUCGCCCGAACGGGAGCGACGCUACACCAAAGUGAGCCUGCAGCACAGCAGUGGCAACGAGUCGGCGGGCAGCACGGAGCUCACCUCCUCCUCCUCCUCGAACUCGGCGGCCACGGGCGGCCAUCCGCACCGACAGAUCUCCAACAGCUCCACGGCGUCGUUGGACGCGUUGUCCCGUCGAGGCUCAAACCCCGAGGCAUUGGGCACUGGGUUGAACGAGGGACCACACACCGGCAGCAACACCUCGCUCUUGGGCAACUCAUUGUCCCAAUCCUCGGUGAGCAUGAGUCCUUCGUCGGGAUCCGUGGUGCAGCAGCCGGUUUGCGUGCGCGCCUGCACUGGUUGGGCGGAGGUCCUCAUCCGUCGGCCCACGGGCAACAUCUCGUGGAUAACCCGUAUCCAGAACCCCAUCACUAACGAUUGCUUUGGCCAGGAUCUCCCGUUCAACUAUGUGGUCUCACUGUUUUUGCCCACUGCCCAUGGAGGAGUGUUUGGGCCAGACAACACCAUACAGGCUCCCCCCCAUCCUUUGGCUGAUCCGGAACCCGAACCGGAGGCUAAUGCCAAUCCAGCUGCUGCCCCACAGGCGAGUGCGCUGCGCAGCCGAAUGGUGGCCAAGGCUCGAGCCCUCCAGCGUCAGGAGGAGAUUCACUCUGUUGGCGGAGGAAAUGGAAAUGGAAACGGCAAUGGUGGUGGAAAUGGCAAUGGAAAUGCAUCCAGUAGUGGAGCAGCAGUUGCUAUACCCAUACCGCGGGUCUCAGCCGGAAAGCGAGGCAAGGAGGCUGCUCUCUGUGGGAGCGUGAGUGAUGGUGAGGCGGACGAUGACUCGCUGGCCUUCGAGGAUGCACAGAGUCGCGCACGGAAUCCCGUCCGCCGGGUGAACUCCAGCCCGGAGAUGAGCUCCAGCUGGCGGCAGUCGUUCCUCACGAACAAGCCGAUGCCGCUGUCCCAGGAGCCCGUGAAAAGCACCGCCGACGAGCCGCAAUCGCAGCUGACUCUAAAGAAGAAGAGUGUGCAGUAUAGCACCAAAGAUAUGCGCGUGAGCUGCGAGGCCAUUCCGGAGGAGAUCGCAGGCUCCACGCCGCCCUCGCAGGCUGCUGUUCUGGCCCUGCAGCCGGAAAGUGGCACCCUGCCCCCCAAGCAGCACUCGGCGGACGAUGUGAGCAGCCAUGUGGCGGGGAGUGGCACCCUGCAAGCAGGAGGAUCCACUCUGAAGCUGGGCAAACCGCCGCUCUCGCCCGGACAGCCGCCUCUGCUGGCCACGGGGAGAAUAACCAGCUUCGGAGGCACCUCUGUCCCGCAGCCCGGUGCUCUGGCCAAGUCAAGUAGCAGUGGUAGCAAUGGCGCCAAUGUCGGGGUCAUCACCUCCGACUACGACAAUGGCAACAACGGAAACGGAGACAUGAUGAGAGGGCGAUCGAAAACCAUUUCGGUGGUGCGGGAGGUAAACAACGGAAAUACUCGUCCGUCGCAGGCCAGCAGUUUCCGGAACUUUGGGCCGGCCAAGCCGCCCAUCAACGCCAAGCUGUGCAUGAACCCGAGCUUUAUAUUCCUGCAGCUCUAUAGCACUGGCCAACUGGGCGUGACAGAUGUGCCACUGAAGGUGGGACCGGAAAACAACAGCGCCGUCACCUUGAUAGACCUGGUUCCGCCAUUCGAGACGCACAAGAUCGGCGUGCUGUACGUGGGACAAGGUCAGUGCAACAACGAGGUGGAGAUCUUGCGCAAUUCGCACGGCAGUGCUAGAUAUGUGGAGUUCCUUCGGAACAUCGGUACCCUGGUUAGCUUAAAAGAAGCGCAGCAGAACAAUCUGUUCAUCAUGCUGGACACGAACGGGGCCGAUGGCAAAUUUGCCUAUAUCUGGAAGGAUGACAUACUGCAGGUCACCUUCCACGUGGCCACACUGAUGCCCACCAAUCUGCAGGAUGAUCCUAAUUGCAACGAAAAGAAAAGUCACAUUGGAAACGACUAUGUGAAGAUCAUUUACAACGAGAGCGGCGAGGAAUACAAUCUGAACACAAUAUCCGGCCAAUUCAAUUACGCCUGCGUGAUCGUGGAGCCACUCGAGUUGAACUCGAACAGGGUGUAUGUGAAGGCCCGAUCGGAAAUAUCAAAGUUCGUGUGCCAUGCAGAGCACCGGAUCGUCUCCGAUCGCAGUGCUCCUCUGCUGGCCCGACAGAUGGCCCUUCACGCCAAUCUCGCCUCGCUAGUCUACCAAAGUGUGCAGAAAAAGCAUCCUUAUGCAUCGAAUUGGUUGGAACGAUUGCGCAAACUCAAGCGACUGAGAUCGAAGCUCGUUGAGGGAAUGAAAAGCCAGCAAAAAUCCGGCAGUGCCUCAAGCGGCAUAGGAAUCAAUGCAUCGGCCAUUGGUUCGGAUAUUGAAGACCAACGGGGAGACUUCAUAAAAUUUACAUAGACAACAACGAGAGGCUCCAAACUGAACAACCACGAAAGAGCAGAGCACCUGCACUCAUCCUGCCAUGAUCGCUCUUGAUUUGCGAUGUGGAUAUUACCCUUUUAACGGAGCGGAUGAUUUGACGUCAAGUACCAGAAGACCAUGAACAGAAGAUGUCUCUGCCUAACCAAUAAUCACGAAAAUAAUUAUAAAAUAAUCAUAAUGAAUUUGACAAGUUUAUAAAAUUUGUGAGAAUACAUAAGCGCUGUUCAUUUCCAAA